AUGGGUCUCGCUUCCAAUGGCUCUGAAGAGCUGGAUAUUGAAAAAAAGGCCCUUCGCAUAGCCGAUAUACGGUUUGUACCGAUACUUGGACUACUCUACACUGCAUCUCUGGUGGAUCGUAGCAACAUGUCGGUAGCUACAAUAUCUGGUCUAGAUGAGAACGUAGACCUGGACCAAGGGGAUCGAGUCUCUAUUGCUCUACUCGUCUUCUCCAUUGGAUAUAUAAUCUUUUAG